UUCCGCUUGUGUGCGCUUUGCCCGGGGCCGCGUCGGGAGAUCCUGCGCGAGUGAGGUCCGCGGAGGUUGGUUUUUGCUGUCAGCCUUCUCGAGCAGAGCGCGUUGGAAACUGCCGUUAUCCGUGACUGUCUCAGCCUUAGAAGGGUGCAGUGACUGCUUUGUGUCCUUUCCGCUGGAGUACAUCACGAGAUUUGCUGAAGUGUAUUUCCAGAUCGUCCCUUUGAUUCCGUUCUGGCGCUGAGAGCCCAGCCAGCUGUAACGUUGUGUCGGUGAAUUCAGCGUAGGGCGAAAAGUAGAGGCCGGCAUCAUCUAUGCUGUUUUUUUCUCCUUUUUUCCCCCUUACUGUGUCGUUUGUGCACUCCUGCAGUGCACUAACAUAGAAAGAGUUUAAUAUCUCCUGAUUUGCCAGUUAAUUGUCAGGCAUAAAUCUGAUUGGAGUGUGUUUAUUGUUUCACUUAUUAUGCUUGGAUUUUUUGCGUUGCGUUUUCAAGUCUGACUUGGUUGGACUCCAUCAAUUUAAGUAGACCUUGGGUCAGGCCCGUCUUCAUUUUAAAGUAUUUUUGGCAGUGUUUUAUGCAAGAAUGUAACAUUUUGAUAGUGUAGGGAAUGGGUGGGCAGAAGACGAGAGCAAAAAGAAUUGUUAUGCACAGAGGAAUUUUGCUAUCGUGAGAAGAAAUUGCUUUUGUUAGUGUUUCUGAUAUUCUUGUAGAUUUUCCUUGAUUAAAAAAGACUGAUAAACUUGAAUGCAAGAAAACGCUUUUUGUUUUUAUAAGUAGACUGUGGCAGAUUUUUCUUUUUUUUUAAUCAAAGCAAUAAUCAACCAAGUCUAGUAGUUCUGAACCUACAGUUCAGAAAUGUGUAACUUAAAUAGGCUGUGUUGAAAAGCGUGGUGCCUUUGUCCUCAUGAAUCCAGGACACAAUCAAAUUAGACAAAAUCCAAGUCUGAAAUCAGAACAUUAACAUAUAUCUUUUUAGACGGUUCUGCGGUCUCUUCCUUCUAACUUACUGAAAUGGGAGCUGUGUAAAAGUUAUUAAAGUAAGGGAACUGUCAAAUGAAGAUGGCUUAAACGUUCGGAACUAGGGCUUCUUCAUUAGCUUCUGUUGGGGUCGAUAGUCUCAAAUGUUCUUCUGGGAGAAAAACUGUCUUAGCUUAGUUCGAUCAACUAAUCAAGAUCAGUUUUCAUUUGUAGCUUAUUUCACUCACUGUCACCACCAAUUAAAAUACUAAAAACUUUCUGGGAAAUGGAAACGCUAACAGAAUGAUGCGCUUAAUCUGUUGCAUUUGAGGCUCUCAAGUGAGUUCUAUUUAAGUCGUCUUAAUUCUAGCAUUAAUACAUACAAGGGGAAAGUGAAGCUAUUUUAAAUUACUAAGUUAGUGUGCACAUGUUAAUAAAUAAAACAUGGCUCUUGGGGGAAUUAAGGUCGCGGCGUUCUUUGAGGUUGUAUACCUUGGGUGUUCUGUUUUUAAACGUCUUGAUUGCAUGAUUGCAGUUCUUUGUAACUAGACUUAAUAGUUUUUUGAACGUGCAUUUAAGCAGUCAGUCCUGGUGACGAAUAGUAAAAACUUUUAGUUUUUAUACAGUAUAUGAGUUAAAUGACAAUGCAGCCCUCGGUUUAUUGAUUCAGUUGCUCAGCGCCGUGUUCAGACUAGAAGCAGAAGUACUAGUUAGUUUACUGAGCAGCCUUUCUUAAGCCUUGGGGGUGUGUGAUAGAGAGCCUGUAUUUGGGAUGGUUAGUCCGGUGCUGGAGUUAACAAGCCUGACUGGAGGUAGACUAAUUUCUGCAGCGUUUCUUCUGAGUCCGUGCGUGGUGUUCCCAGUGAAUUCUUACAUCUCCCAUCCAAUGAUUGAUUUGGAUACCAUUGAUGUCAGCAAUCUCAACAGGCAGUUUUUGUUUCAAAAGAAACAUGUUGGAAGAUCAAAAUCGCAGGUUGCCAAGGAAAGCGUCUUACAGUUUUAUCCAGAAGCUAAUAUUAUAGCUUAUCAUGAUAGCAUCAUGAACCCUGACUAUAAUGUAGAGUUCUUCCGCCAGUUUACAUUGGUUAUGAAUGCUCUGGAUAACAGAGCUGCCCGUAACCAUGUGAACAGGAUGUGUCUGGCUGCUGAUGUUCCUCUUAUAGAGAGUGGAACUGCAGGCUACCUUGGACAAGUAACAGUUAUUAAAAAGGGAGUGACAGAAUGUUAUGAAUGUCAUCCUAAACCAACUCAGAAGACUUUCCCAGGCUGUACAAUCCGCAAUACGCCAUCAGAACCUAUCCAUUGCAUUGUGUGGGCUAAGUAUUUGUUCAACCAGCUCUUUGGAGAAGAAGAUGCUGAUCAAGAAGUCUCUCCUGACAGAGCUGAUCCUGAAGCUGCCUGGGAGCCAGCAGAAGCAGAAGCCAGAGCACGAGCAUCCAAUGAAGAUGGUGAGAUUAAACGUGUUUCAACUAAGGAGUGGGCUAAAUCAACUGGAUACGAUCCAGUUAAACUUUUUACUAAGCUUUUCAAAGAUGACAUUAGGUAUCUGCUGACAAUGGAUAAGCUGUGGAGGAAAAGAAAGCCUCCAGUGCCGCUAGACUGGGCUGAGGUACAAAACCAAGAGAAAAACGUAGCUGACCAACAAAAUGAGUCCUCAACAGUCUUGAAAGAUCAGCAGGUUCUAGAUGUGAAGAGCUAUGCACACUUAUUUUCAAAGAGCGUUGAAACCCUGAGACUUCACCUAGCUGAGAAAGGUGAUGGAGCAGAACUUAUAUGGGAUAAGGAUGACCCUUCUGCAAUGGAUUUUGUCACUUCUGCUGCAAACCUCAGGAUGCAUGUUUUCAGUAUGAAUAUGAAGAGCAGAUUUGACAUCAAAUCAAUGGCAGGAAAUAUUAUCCCAGCUAUAGCUACUACUAAUGCAGUAAUAGCUGGUCUGAUAGUGCUGGAGGGUUUGAAGAUUUUAUCAGGAAAAAUAGAUCAGUGUAGAACGAUUUUUCUGAACAAGCAACCAAAUCCCAGAAAGAAGCUAUUGGUUCCUUGUGCUUUGGAUCCACCAAAUCCUAACUGUUAUGUUUGUGCAAGUAAGCCAGAAGUGACUGUGAAACUUAAUGUACACAAAGUUACUGUGUUAACGCUCCAGGAUAAGAUAGUGAAAGAAAAAUUUGCUAUGGUAGCACCAGAUGUACAAAUAGAUGAUGGGAAAGGAACUAUCCUUAUCUCUUCAGAAGAAGGAGAAACAGAAGCAAAUAACCAUAGGAAAUUAUCAGACUUUGGAAUUCGAAAUGGCACUCGACUACAGGCAGAUGAUUUCCUCCAGGACUAUACACUGUUAAUCAAUGUGCUUCAUAGUGAAGACCUAGAAAAAGAUGUAGAAUUUGAAGUUGUUGGUGAUGCCCCUGAAAAAGUUGGCCCUAAACCGCCAGAACCAACACCCAGGAACAUUACCAAUGGUAGUGAUGAUGGAGCGCAGCCAUCGACAUCCACAGCUCCAGAUCAAGAUGAUCUGUUGAUUGUUGAUUCUGAAGAUGAAGGUCCUUCAAGCAACAUUGAUGAUGAUGUGGAAAGUAAAAGCCGCAAAAGGAAACUAGAAGAUAAAGAAUGCGUCAGUACUAAGAGAGUGCGUAUGGAGCAGACAGAAGAGCAAGAUGAAAUUAUAGCAUUAGACUGAACAUGCAAAUGCCCCUUGACAGAAUGAUUCAGAUAAUGUAAUACAGUAACAGCAUAUUAUGUUGGGGGUGUGGAAAAUGUCCAGAACUAGACUAAUUUUAAGACCUUUGUUCCAAGGGAUUUACCAAAUCACUGGCUUAAAUAAUUUGUGUCUGUUCCUCUUGAUGAUAAAGCUCUCAUCUCAAUAAACUCUUCAGAAGUUUUUCCAUAUGGUAUAUUAAAUGUAGUAGAAACAUAGUCUAUACAAACUUGCACAUAAGUAUUUGCUUAAAUGGUCAUGGGAAAAAAGCAUGUUAUUUUUGUGUAAAUACCUUUUAGAUAUAAUUCAGUAGGACAAAAAAAACUACCCUGGUUUAGUAAAGGGUCAUCAUUUGAUGCCCAGAUUUAUAAGUAACGUUUUUUUCUUUUUUUUUUGGCUUGAAGAAAAUUUCGUAUUUUAGCCUAGUCCUAAAUAUUUUUCACACCCUGAACUCAAAUAAAGGACAAAAUUCACUAAAGCAGAUUAGUGCCGUGUUUUAACAGUGUUCUUAAACUUUAAUGGCACUAUGUACAUUACUGUAAAACUGUUAAUUUACUCAAGUUUUUCAGCUCGUACUGCCUGGUAUGUCAGUGUAAGAAGCAAACUUUUGUGUAUUGUUACAGUUUCAGGUUAUUUAUAUUUGAUGUUUUGUAAACUCAGAUACUACUACUAUACUGUACAUCUGAUGGACCAAAUAAAUGACAUCUGAAAUACUUGCUAUAUUUGCUUGCACAGUCCAAGUUAAUGCUGAUUUAUGGGAUUUUACAAUGUAUAGCCUUCAAAAAUUACUGUACUAUUUCCAUUUUUUUAAACAUAACCUAGCAGUACAGAACUUAAGCUUCACUUGUUUGAGGUGAAAGGGGAUUUUUUUUAAUAAAACUUUUGUGAAUGUU